CCGGAGUCCCAGGCAGACGGGCAGCUCCAGUCCUGGGAAGAUCGGAGUCUGCAGCAUGGCACCUGUGUUCCUGCCACUGACUGUUCUCGCCACCAUCGCGGCUUCCAGUGCAUUUCGUACAGGCUUUCAAACCAUAUCCUGCCCCCUUGGAUACUUCCCUUGUGGCAAUCUCAGCGUGUGUCUGCCCCAGCCUCUACACUGCAAUGGGGUCAUAGAAUGUGAAAAUGGAGCUGAUGAGGAUGAAUGUGCUGACCUCCAUGGCUGGCCAAACCUUGUAGAUUGGUACUUCAACCAAGUCACACGUAUUAAUAAUGAACCAGAGGAUUGUUGGCUCAAUGUGUACCCAAAGAGAUGUACAUGUGCAGGUUUUAUAGUUACCUGUGAAGACGCUGGGCUUAUCACUGUGCCAUCAGUUUCUGCCAAUGUAAUAAAACUGAAGCUAAUGCACAACAACAUCACAACCCUCAUUGAUGACCAGUUCAUUAGGUACAGACAAUUGGAUCUACUGGUUUUGCAAAAUAACUCAAUACAUUCCAUAUCCACCAGAGCCUUUGCAGGGCUUUUCCGCCUGAAGAAACUAUUUCUCAGCAACAAUAAAAUCUCUGUGCUGAAGCCAGGAGUAUUCCGCGAUCUGCAUCGACUUGAGUGGCUCAUUGUGGACAACAACUUGAUAGGAAGUAUCACACCAAAGACCUUUGUUGGCCUGAAGUCUCUCUUCUUCCUAUAUAUGAUGAAUAAUUCAUUGGGAAAUAUUCCCAACAUCUGUUCUGUACUUCCAGAACUGAACUGGCUGGAUGUAGAAGGAAAUAGUCUUGAGACCAUCGAGAAGAAGAAUUUUCAGGCAUGCAGCAAGAUUACUGUUCUUGUUCUUCGCAACAAUAAAAUCAGAUAUAUUAAGGAAGAUACUUUCUCAACAAUGCCACUCAUGGUAGAACUGGAUUUGUCUUUGAAUCAGCUUCAAGAAUUGUCCCCCUCAGUAUUCAAAGAUUUUGAACAUCUCCAACAGCUGAAUUUAUCACAUAACCCAAUGAACUAUAUCCACAUGGAUCAGUUUGAUCACCUUGUUACUCUUAAGUCACUAGACUUGGAAGGGAUCAACAUCUUCAACAUUCAGAACCGAAUGUUUAAGAAUUUGGGCAAUCUCUCACACAUAUACUUCAACAAGUUUGAAUACUGCAGGUAUUCUCCACAUGUCCGGAGCUGCAAGCCAAAUACAGAUGGGAUCUCAUCUUUUGAAAACCUGUUGGCCAAUAUAAUUUUGCGGGUCUUUGUGUGGGUGGUUGCUUUCAUCAUCUGCUUUGGAAACCUCUUUGUCAUCUGCAUGAGGUCAUGCAUCACAACAGAAAACAGACUACAUACCCUGUCUAUCAAAUCACUCUGCUGUGCUGAUUGUCUGAUGGGAGUUUAUCUCUUCUUCAUUGGUGCCUUCGACAUGAAGUAUCUCGGAGAGUACAAUAAGAAUGCCCAACAAUGGAUGGACAGCAUGAAGUGUCAGCUCAUUGGUGCAUUAGCUAUGCUCUCCACUGAGGUCUCUGUCAUGCUACUGACAUAUAUGACGCUUGAGAAAUACAUGUGCAUAGUCUUUCCAUUCACUCAUUACAGGCCAGGCAAGAGACAAACUUUAUCAACACUGGUCUCCAUCUGGAUUGCGGGAUUCAUCAUUGCCGUGAUACCAUUGUGGAAUCAUGCUAUAUUUGGCAAUUAUUAUGGAAAGAAUGGAGUGUGCUUCCCUCUUUAUUCUGAACAGUUUGAGAGUCUUGGUGCAAGAGGAUACUCCACAGGAAUAUUUCUGGGUUUGAACUUACUUGCUUUCAUCAUCAUUGUCUUCUCCUACACCAGCAUGUUUUAUUCAAUCCAUAAAACAGGAGCGCAGUCAGCAGAGAGGAGCCUCUUCUCUAGAGAGGUAGCCAUUGCAAAGCGCUUUUUCUUCAUUGUGUUCACUGAUGCCCUAUGCUGGAUCCCCAUAUUUCUGAUGAAGCUACUGUCUCUCCUUGAAGUAGAAAUACCAGGGACCGUAACUUCUUGGGUUGUAAUCUUCAUCCUGCCAAUAAACAGUGCCUUGAAUCCAAUCCUCUACACAAUUACAACUGCAUCCUUUCAGGAAAAGCUGAAGCAGUGUUUGUGGAAUCAAGAGCUUCUUGGACCCAAAAAGAGCCUCACAAGCACAACACAGAUGAGCAGUGUGUAAGACAACCAAUCCUGACAGCAUCAAACAAGAGGAUAUUAACAUCUAACCUCCCUAGAUGACUGCUAAAUAACACAGCAACUCUUUACAGCAGUGAGUGAGAACUACCAUCUACCUCUCACCAGGAGCAAUGCUGUGUAAAACAAUUACUCCUGACAGCAUAUGUUGAGGACGCUUUACCACCUCACUUCUCCAAAUGAAUGUCAUGUAACACAAAUCAUUCAAAUAGAGUUAAUUGAGGAAGAUUCAUCAUUUUAAGUCUGGACAAACAGUCACGGUGUAGCACAGCUAUUUGUGAUGACAUACCAUGAGAAUUUUAUUAUUACACUUCUUUUCAUGAAUGGGUGCAACAUAUAUUGAUAGAGCUUUUGCAAUGUAACUGCUCAUCAAGCAACUGUAUUUAGCGUACACCACGAGCUCUAUUAGCACCAAGUGAGAUAAAUGUACUUGGUGGUCCUUUCAUCCAUUGCUGCAAACACUGGCCAGUAUAAAGAGUCAGCUCCCCACUCAUACACUUUUUCGCGUUUAUUACGUUACCCUUGUUUUCCUGUUUUAAACUCUGAAAUUGCCUGGCUUUCCUAUUGCAGAUCCUUAUACUUAGUUAUGCCUCUGUUUUUCAACUCCCAAUCAUACCACUUUGAAUCAAAUACUAUGUUACAGUCUUUGCUGCUCAAGCACAACUGUCUGUAAAAAAAUUUUGGAUGUGAGUAAAUUGUGGGAAAACAUUCUACCACAUGACUACAGGCAGCCAGUUCCAAACUUAGUCAAACUUAGCUGCCAUACACGGUUGUGUCAGAUGCAUGGCCUAAAUGUAGUCAAUGUUCUUAUGUUGUGGAUAUAAAUUAACCAUAUUUAAGAACUGAAUUGAUGGAAUUUGUAGGGAAAUUUAAAAAUGAUGUUAAUGUUUUACACUUUCUCAGAUUCUACAGAAUUUAACACCAACUUCUUCAAUAAUGGCACUGCUUGACCACUGUUGAGUGUGAGCUCCUUUGCUAUAGUAGCAUUUGAAUAUAUCUAGCUUACAGCAUACAAUGUAGAAGAACCAGCAGUGAUAUAGUGACCUGUAGAGUGCCACACGACAGUGAUAAAUCCCUUUUUUACACCAGAUAUCUACAAGAUCUAACACAUGAAUUGUACAUCACAGACUUGAAGUGAAUUUCUCCCUUUUAUUUGACUUAAAGGUAUCGAAGCUAACAUUGAGUCAAACACAAAUGGUACACUAUCAGAUAGAAAUAAACAAUUCUCUUUUACUUGGUAUGUACCAUACUGUAGAAAGUUUGACACUUGUACAGUAGCAGAGGGGAGUAGUUUGUUCCUUUUUUUUUCCAAUUUAAGACAUUAUUAUUUUUCUUUGGUUACAUCAUAUUAUUAGACAUUAUAAUAUAUAUUGUGCAAAUCAUAGUAGUCAAUGUAAAUUGUUGUAGUGUGUAAGUAUUAUUGAGUGGCUUAAGCUGGUUUUGACCCUAAGAGCUACUCUAGGGACUGCUUAUAAUAUUGGUGUGUACUACUGUGAUUGUUCAUAUUUGUACAUGUCAAUUGCUGAAUUUAUGCUGUGCUGCAGGAAAAUAUUAUUGUUAUCCAAUGUCUACUGUACAAGUGCAGGGUAUUAACACUGAGGUCCAAGACAACAUUUCAGCAGAAUGGUACGAGAGAAUAGAGUCUAAAUUGAGACCAAAUAUUUAUAUGUUCUUGAAGUAGACCCAGAAACACUACACACAAUUAUUUGGAGAAGAAUUAUUGAUGCUUACUUGGUGAGUACAGCACCAAACUGAAACUUGGUGAAAUGUUAUGCAAGUUAUAAUUAUUUUGUGGAAUUGGCUUUGAGGUUGCAGGUGCUGAGAAUGUAGAUAAAAGAAAGUAACCCAAUGUUCUAUUGUGAUUAACAAUGUGUUCAGACACAAAGUCCUAAAAGACAAGGUAAUAUUCCUCAUUACAGUCAGCAGUCAGUGCCAUAUAUUUAAUGUUGUUUUCUUCUUGUUUUUAUCAACUGGUCCCAAUUCAUUUCACUGCACCUACACUAUACUAAAUGCAUGACAAAAGGCUGUGGAUACUAUGGACAUGCAUUGAAUGCCUAGUUUGCUACAUAGGGUCAAGUGCAGAGAAUUUUUAAACAAUGGAUUUAACCCAUCCUAGCCCAGACUGACUGUAGGUUAUGCUGAGAUCAGACCACAGAUCAAAUCUGGAUGCCCCUUGUCUGUAUAUAUUAGUGUCUCGUACAGCAUUGCAUCAACUGAGCCAUGGGGAGUUAUUUUAAAGCAACUUGCCAGAUGGGAAAUAAGCAAAUGAGGUCUGGCAGUGAUUUGACAUCACCCUCCCUCCCCCACCACCACAAACAAAUUUACUCUCCAUUGACUCCAUGUGAGAAUAAAAUCUUAUGCAAUGUGAAAUUGUUGUGUGUCCCAAAGACAGUUGUGUCCUGCCCAAUGGCUUAGGUCAAAGUGGCUUUCAAAGUCUCUUUGACAGAGAAGAAUUGGGGUAAUCCCACCUCAAGCUUACAAAUAAAUGAAUUGUUGAUGUGUUUUAACUUUUUAAUAGUUGGCUCACUGGACUGGGAGAGACAGUGACAGAUGCUGUAUGGACUAUUUAAUAAAAGCCUACUCACUUUAUUCGUGAAAGAAAGGUCAGGAGCAAAGGAACUAUUACUUGUCAGACAACUGUUUUGACACAAGAUAUUCCCUUUAUGUGUAACUGAAGCAUGUACAAAAGAGUACCAAAUGAUUUUUAAAUGCUAUAAAAGCUUUCGGUAUUCAAAGUUUGAUGAGAAUGUGGAAUACAGUGAUGUAAUUCCACAGCUAUGAAUUCUUAAAAACUAUAAGGAGGGAUUUGUGCAGCAGACAAAGGAGGGUAGAUUAAACUAGGUGUAGAUAACAGCUGCACAGGCAGACCUGUUGUGUUAAAUGCCCCACACCAUUGCUGCAGUAAUUUGUGAUUUCAUGGUUUACUAGUAACAGUUGUCUUUCUCUGUCACUGCAUCAUGUGCUUUUUUUUGUUGCAGGUUAGAUUGCAGGUGCAAGCCUAUAAAAAUUGUGCCAUUGGGGACAACAGUGGGAUCAACAGUGGGAUCAAUUGGGUUGAGGUUGGCAAAGGUUGGGAGGGGGAUUUGUGUCAUGAAUCAUGUGAAGAAAAUCUGCUCCCUUCAUUCUCAUCACAGUAUUUGUGCUUAUCACUUAAAAGUAGUUUGGGGAAAAUGUGGUUCAAGUAGCAUUUUAUAUUGCUUCUGGAAAGCAUUCCGCAAUCAGAUUAGAAUGGAGUGGAGACAGGGUCAUGCCAAGAGCGAAACAUGGAACAAAAAGAAAGGUUUGAAUUGUAAAGGAUCUGAUAGGAAAUAAUUUGGAACAGGACUAGCAACAAGAAUGAAGAACUAAACGUUAAUAGGAGACAGCACAAAUAUUAAGUUGUAAUAAUGCCAGAUCUUCAACUAAAUACUCAGAAAAUUAAGUGAAAGAAAAUACAGUUAUUAACAAUAGUAGAGAACUCAAAUCAGGCAAUAAGGAAUCAAUAAAGUUGUUAUUUACAUCUCCCAUGCAUUGCACAUUCUGAAAGAGUAGUUUAAGCAAAUGUUGGAGUUUUUUUAAUAUAUUACUGCAAUGAUGGGGAAGGAAAAUCAUUAUCAUUUAAUUUAGAUUUUCAAAAAAAUGAACAGAAAAUCAAACAACAACUUACAUUAAUAUAGAAUCUUUUCUCAUAGUAAAGCAUUUCAAGAUGCUUCACGGCAGCAUUAUCAAACAACAUUUGACACUGGGUCACAUAAGGAAUUAUUAAGAAGUGACCAAAAGCUUGGUCAAAGUGAUAGGUUUUAAGGUUUACCUUAAUGGAAGAAAGUGAGGUGACAGGUAAACAUGACUAGCAACGGGGAGACCUUUUGGUGACCUUAAGUUUACAAGAUUUACUAUGCAGCAGGACAGCCAGAGAACACUGGAAUGGUCAAGACCAGUACAAACUGAAACUAGUAUUAAUAUACUGAGGAAAGAUAAGGGAUAUAGUGAUAAGUAAAGUAAAUGGGUUAACAACUAACAUGAAGAAACAAGUUUGUUUGUCAAAAUAGCCUUUCCUGUUCCUAGAUCUACCUAACCUAUAACCAUUCUAAU